AUGGAAAAUACCUUUAUUACCAUGUUACCUGAUUAUAAAUCAUCCACGAAAAGAAAUUGUAGAAACUAUCUUCACGAAGAAAUCAAUCAAUCGGAAUUUCUUCAAGUCAUUAAGAAUCCACCAUGUGAAUUAUAUUUAGAAGUUGAUAAUUUAUUAUCUUCCCCAUCCGAAUUAACAAAGCAUAAAUUUAAACCGCCACGAAGUCAAAAUUCGUACAUUUUAUAUCGACGUAAUGAGUCAAAACGACGAAAUCAGUUAGGAUUACCAAAUGAUCUUAAAAGAGCAUCCAAAGAAAUUAGUGAAAUGUGGCGCAACGAGCCUCCAAGAAUUAAAAAUUUUUUUCGAAUCUUGGCAGCUGAAGGAGACAGGAGACAUCGUUUAAAAUUUCCCGAUUAUAAAUUCGAUCCGAUAAGAAAAAACAGCAGUUUUAAAGUCAAAUAUAAUCAUGGAAAUUUUGAAGUUAAUAAUAAAAGAAAAUAUCAAAAAAACGCGUUGAUUAAUCAAUCUCAAUCGAAUAUUGUAUUUGUAAACGAAAUCAUCAAGCAUAAUGACUUGUGA